AUGUCAAACUCUGGCUUCAUACACAUUGAUCCUUCUCUGUUGGGGCAAAUUACCGACACUCUGCGUGAUAUGGUAAAUGAACUUGACGAACUGAAAAAGCUCGAUUUGAAGAAAUUAACUUCGGAUCCAUCGGAUUUUGAAAUUUUUCUGAAGCAAAUCCGUUCAGGCAGACCAAUCGACGAUUCCAGUUUAAUUAAAAAGAUUACAAACUCCGAAAUUAAUAAAUAUUCUUUCGGUUUAUUAACUUUUCUUAUCGCUACUCAAGCAACCAAUUUAACUGAUCAAAUCAUAAGUAUUAAGCCCAUUGAUGUUAACCAAAUUGUGUUUAAAGACAAACAUUUACUCCAUAAUCAGACAAUCCUUCAAAAUAUCGACAAAGUCAAAUACUUGAUUGAAAAAGGAAUCGAUAUCAAUCAACAAGACUCAAACGACAAGACACCACUUCACCUUUGUUGUUCAUCAAACCAUUUAUUAGAUGCAGCCUUGUUUCUAGUUGAUCAAAGCAAUAUUAAAGUUAAUAUAGAAGACAAUAAGAAGCAUAUGCCAAUAUAUUAUGCAUGUGGCCUCACAGUUUCCUCAGAUGAAGAACUUGACAAAUUAAUACUUUUAAUUCAAAAACUUCUUGAGAAAGUAAACCCAAAUAGUAUUACAUCUGAUAUUUGCGAUGUUGUAUUAUAUAGUGAAAUUGAUGAUCUUCUCCCAAAGGAUAAGUUUAAAGUAAUAAAAUCAGAUUCCACAAAGUUAUUUGAACAAAAUUAA